AACAUUUUCUCCCUCUUAUUAAAACAGAUCCCAAUUCUCCAAGCCCUAAACCCUCGUUCCCAACCCAUACCACAACUAUAACCGAAAAAACAAAAAUUCACUACUGAUUUUCAUGAAACUCCACAAAUCAUAGCUGAGAAACUUUCAAAGCUUUGUAUUAUUUGCGAUUAUGCUGUCAAAAAUCAUUCGAAAAGCUUGGGACGGAGUAUUUUUUCUUUGAUUGAGGUACUUUCUUUAUGGCUAGUAAUAAUGCAUACCAAUUGGAUCCCGGUCCACUUGACCCGUCUGUAUUAACUGAACAACUCACCCAUAGGUCACGAGAUAUAUGGGAUGGCAAAGACAAUAUGGUUCUGAAUACGAGGAGGUGUGAUGGAAAGUUUUGGGACCUCGUAAAGAAACAUCCCAUCAAGCCACGAGUUUUAGAAGUGAUUAAACUAUCUGGAUUGUACGGUGUUUAUAGAUCUCAGCGGCCUAUUGUUGACCGUAGUUUGAUUACUUCAUUGGUGGAGAGAUGGCGUCCCGAAACUCAUACGUUCCACUUUAGGUCAGGUGAGGCGACGAUUACCUUCCAGGAUGUAGAGGUGUUGUAUGGUUUGCCCGUGAAUGGUAAUCCAGUACUUGGGAUUGAGCAGACAAGGGACAAAGCGCAUUGGCAAAGUAUUUGUGCAAGAUUAUUAGGUUUUACUCCAGUUCCUGGAGACAUCAAAUAUAGUUGCCUCAAGGUAUCUGCGCUUAAUAAACAUAUGCAAUGUCAGCUAAAGUUGUCGGACAUGGAAACACAGGAUAUAGUCAAUCAAAUAGCUAGAUGUUGUAUGUUUUGGUUGAUUGCUGGUACGUUGAUGGCAGAUACAUCUGGUAGUUACUUGAAGCUUAUGUACUUGCCUAUUCUCGAGGACGUUAAUGUGAUUGGGUCUUACAGUUGGGGUAGUGCGACACUUGCAUAGACAACCUAAUAAAUUAUAAAACCUGCAUCUCACAACCCAUAGACCUUUGUUUGAUGUUACCACCUUGAACUCUUUAUUUUUGCGCAAACUCCAAAUCGUCACGGCCCGUUUCAACUCUGCUUUGCUGCUAAAAUACAUAUUUUUUUCCAAGUCUUUUUUGGCAUCCUCGGACCAAACUGAACAACAUCCCAUCUCAGAUUCUCGUGUAGAGAUAAAAAUAUCUUCCUCGUUCUCCAACGUCGUAAAAUAUGGUAUAUCAUGACAUGGAGUUUCGGACACACCAUGACCAAGUUGAUUAUGAGGAUUUACACCAAUAUUAUUUUGAAGUAAAUCUCCAAUAUCAUCGAUAUCUUCAUCAGGCUGACUUUCCAUUUCACUCUCUUCAUCAUCUCCUGAAGGAUCGUCAUCCUCUAAACUUUCAGAGCUAAGUUCAGCAUUUGCAUCAUUAUACAAAUCAACGCUGGUCUCAGCGUCUCUGUGGAAAAAAGGAAGGAAUCAUAUUAAUAAAUUGUAGUAAGAUUGUAGGAUAUAUAAGAAAGUUUUUUCUGUUAGCAGAAAACUUAUACGAGUACUAACGCAUUUAAAAGUUAAAAAAUGCAACAAUUUUAAGGUUUCUAAUAAAUCUGUUCUAGCACUAAAUAAUGGUGCAACAAUUAAAAAUAUGUAAAGUGCAACAGUUGGUAGUACAAAUAUCUUCUUGGGAGUACAUAUAAUUUGACUAAUUUUUUUGUUGAAGAUAUAUAAACCCAAGCUAUCGGAAAAAUAUAAUUUGUUGCUUUACCUGGCCUCAUAUUCUCUGUGGCUACUACUAAUAUGUCUUUGACUACUUGAGCCUUCAUCAAAUGAUGGAUGACCAUGCCUGCUAGGACCUGCACCAAAUGAUUGACAGAAACCAUGUGUUGCACUAUAUGAUGACACAUCGGUGUGAGAUUGAUUAUAGAAAUUUGGAUUGUUGUGCAUCGGCAAUUGCUGGAAUGAUGGUUGAAUAAUCGAUUUUGCAAAAUGAGGCUGACUGGCCAUAGCAAAUCCGUAAUUUUGAGUCAACAAAUUCAUGUGAUACCCAUAUUGACCACUCAUUUGAAAUACAUUAUUUUGGUUUGUUGACUUGGUCUUUAUAUAAAUCUCCAAAAUAUUUAUAUCAAUCUUAUCCACAAAUUUUUGAGGUAUGGCGAAAAAUUAUAGCAAGGACUGGUCAUUCUCAAUUUUAAACUCAAUGAACCUUGUAUUGUUACCUUGAAAUGAGCAUGGAUAUUUUCCAGAAAUAUCGAUUUGCAUAUUUUCA